GAUUCUUCCUCACUUAACCCCCCCCCCCUGCCACCAACACCCCUUCCUACCCAUAGCCCAAAUAAUACUGAGCACCGCAACCUCUCGUUAAUCAAAUCUCUACAGCAUCCUAUCUCGCUAACCUUCAAAUGAUGGCUUCGCCGAACGGGCCCUCUGAUCAAUUUGCGCCCGUGCUCGCGGCUUUGGCGACCAUGCAGGGCAACGUCGACCGGGAGCAGAAGUACCAAGCUACACAGUUCCUGGAGCACUUUCAAAAAUCGGUUGGUUAUAAUUUGGAAAUUCUUGCUUUUUAAAGUCGGGGGGAAAGAGAUGGGAUGGCGAGAUUUCCGUGGCCGUUUCUUCCUUUGAGUGAGGCUCAUUUCUUAGGAUGAUGGCGGGGUCAUCUGAGGGGGGGUGAUGCGGGGUAACCCUGCAACAGGAGGAGCACGAUGGACAGAGGGAAGGAAGGAAGGCGCUGACUGGAAUAAUUUUAUAAUAUUAGCCCGAGGCAUGGACUGUUGUGCACGCUAUUUUACAGUCUGAGAGCGCUGGUGUUGAGGCACAACUCUUUGCUGCGACAACACUGAAAGGAAAGGUUUGUUGGCUCCAUAGCACCUUGGUGACCGGGAUCGACCGCGCUAACCAUCUGUUCCUCCCCACCUCCACCCCCAGAUCACUUACGAUAUUCACCAACUGCCACGGGAUUCUCUGGUGGAUCUAAGGAAUUCCCUAUUGAGCCUACUCGUUAGCUAUCGGAAUGGCUCGCGCCCGAUACGAACACAAUUGUGCGUCUGUCUGGCUAGUCUGGCCUUGCAGUUGCUGGAAUGGAAGGACGUUAUUAGUCUGGUGGUUAGCACGCUGGGAAACGAUGUGGAGAGCAGUGUGUGUUUGCUGGAAUUUUUGAAAAUUCUUCCCGAGGAGGUUACCGAAGGGAGGAAGGUUAGCUUGACGGUAUGUAAUUCGGGGUGUCGUUCCUUCCCAAUAAUUCGAAUUUCAGGGCAAGAGAUUGAUGAAGAAAUUACUUUCUUAGGAGGAGGAGCUUGAGACAAGAUCUCGAGAACUGCUCACGGAUAACGCUACAGAAGUACUAAGGCUUCUUGUUCGAUAUGCGCAGUCAACAGGUGAGUUCGAUCUCAUCUCCCUUACAUUUCCACUCCUUCAUCCCCCCGUUCCAAUUUACUAAUCCUACCCCCCACUGCUACGGUUUAGCUGGAUCCCCGCCCAAUCCUGCCCUGAUAUCGUGUGUAAACUCCUGGCUUCGUGAGAUCCCGGUUCUUGAUGUCAUCGGAACCCAACUCAUUGAUGUUAUCAUCUCCGCACUCUCCUCGGAAGCAGCUCUCGACCCUGCUGUUGAGUGUCUUUGCAAUAUCUUUCGUGAGACACGGGAGGUUGAUGUAUCACAGGAAGCCAUCCUGAUCCUAUAUCCUAGGGUUAUGAACUUACGACCGAAGAUCCGUGAAGCCGCUCAGUCGGAAGAUUCGGAGAAAUUCAGGGGCUUCACUCGGAUAUUUGCAGAGGCUGGAGAGGCUUGGGUGGUUCUAAUCGCACGCAUGCCGAUGGACUUCCGUGAAUUGGUGUCAGCAAUUGCUGAAUGUGCUGCUCUAGAUGCUGAGCGCGAUGUUAUCUCACUAACUUUUAACUUUUGGUACGAGCUUAAGAACUAUCUAGUCCUGGAGAAGUACAUCGAGGCAAGGGUAAAGAUAGCCGAUAUCUAUUCCCAAUUGGUUGAUAUCAUGAUUAGGCACCUUCACUACCCUGAAGGAAGUGAAGCAGACCCGUUCAACGGAGACAGAGAAGCAGAGGAGAAGUUUAGGGAGUUUAGGCAUUCCAUGGGGGAUGUGCUGAAGGAUUGCUGCGAAGUUAUUGGCUCGGCAGCAUGUUUAGGAAAGGCUUACGCUGAGAUUCAGAACUGGAUGCAGCGUUACGCCACCGACUCCCAGAAACCUGUAAAUGGUCGAGUCGAGAGCUGGCAGAGUUUGGAAGCGCCCCUCUUCAGUUUAAGGGCAAUGGGAAGGAUGAUUCCUGCGGAUGAGGAGCAAGUGUUACCCCAGAUAAUGACAUCCCUAGUUCAGUUACCGGAACACGAUAAGGUUCGAUUCGCCGCAACAUUGGUCUUGGGGAGAUACACUGAAUGGACAUCAAAACAUCCUACAUAUCUGGAGCCUCAACUCAACUACAUCACCAGAGGUUUCGAACAUAAUUCCAAAGAUGUCGCACGCGCCGCUGCCAUGGCUCUGAAGUUCUUCUGCCAAGAUUGCGGAAAGCUUCUCGUUGACCAUGUGGGCCAACUGCACAACUUUUACGAACAGGUUGCCGGUGAUCUCCCCAUUGCUAGUCUGUACGAGGUCACAGACGGAGUUGCCCAUGUUGUUGCGGCCCAGCCGCUCGACAAGAUAUAUGAUGCUUUGAGGCUGUUUUGCGAGCCCAUUGCAAAAAGGCUCAUGGAGAAGGCAAAUAGUGCCAAUGACGACAAGGCUAAGUGUGAACUGGCUGGUACGCCCUAUCAGGGACCCAAUUUGCUUUCUUUCACGACUAUAGCAACUAAGAAUGACCCCAUCCAAAUAGAUUACAUCCAACUCUUGACAAUCUUUGUUCAAGUUGUUCACCCACAUGUUCCCCCGGGAACAUUGAAUCCUAUGAUUCGCUUUUGGUCAGGACUUGUCCCGGUGCUUGGGACGAUUCUCGAUAAUUUCGUCGAAUUCUCACCGGUAUGUGAGAGAGUUUCGAGAUGUUAUAGGACGAUGCUCGUAAGCUAUAGGACCGAUAUGCUGCCACUUCUGCCUCAAUUGGCGGAGAAAUUGGUUACCUGUUUCCAGAAGUCUCAUCAAGGAUGCUUUUUAUGGGUUACCGGCGCAGUCAUCAGAGAGUUUGCAGACGAAGAGCUUGUCGAUGAAGCAACCAGAGUCUCGGUUUACCAGUUUCUAGAGCAGCAAUGUCUAAACAUGUUCCGACUAUUGAACACAAAGGCCGCUACUGAAAUCCCUGAUGGUUUGCUCUCUCCCAUUCUGAUCAUACAGCUCUCCUUUCAAUAUCUAACCUGCUAACCGGAGCUAGUUAUUGAGGACUUCUUCCGCCUUUUGGUCGAUGGUGUCAUGUUUCACCCCUAUAAGCUGAUACUCUCCAAUUUGUUACAGCCCAUAUUCGAAGCUUCUCUUCACUCUCUGAGUUUAGAGCAAGUCGACCCCCUCGUGGCUGUUUUACAGUUCCUUCGUGACGUGCUGGCCUAUGGCCGCUCCUCGCCGCCAACCAGCGCUUACCCAGAAAACCCGAAGGAAGUUCAGGAAGCGGUGAAAGCCACAGCCCUGAGCAAGGGAGAGCUUAUAACUCAGAAAAUCUUGAGUGGGUUGAUGUACUCUUUCCCGAGAGACUGUGUUCCGGAUUCCUCUGGAGUCCUGUUGGCUCUGGUUGAGCUUUGUCCCGAGCCUUGGCUGCAAUGGAUGAAGCGGACUCUAGAGCUGCUACCGGCUGGAAGCAUUUCUCCUACCGAAGCACAGAAGUUCCUGACCACCCUUGAAGGGUAAGAAACGUCCUCACUAAUAUCAUCCAAUUGCACCGAGGCUAAUGAAUAACCCUCUAAUUCAGUGCCGUCUCUGCAAGAGAUUUCAAGAAAAUCCGGUACUCCCUUCAGGAUUUUACCAACUGGUAUAGGCGCAAGAAUGUGGGUUGAAUAUUCCCUCUUUAGCAUUUCGACAGAAUUGCCCCCUAAUGUCUGAUAUUAACUCACCAUUUUCCAACAGGUCACACCCAGGACCGCUAUCACAGGUAUCGAAGGUAUCGAAGGCUCUCGUUUCUCAUUCAGCGAAUAAAAAUCUCCUUCUCUCACUACCCACACCGCUAGCGAACAACGGAAUAUCACAACAUUCUAGAUAAAAAGUUCCCCCCCUUUCAUCGACCAGCUUGCUACUCAACCGUACUACAACAGCCAUCAUUUGUAAAAUCAAUCCAGUCGUGAAAAAACUAUCUUUUUAUCAGCCCUCUUUCCUUUUCUCAAAUUUACUUUCCUGGUGGGGCUUACUGUUUUUACCUUUUCUUUUCUUCUAUCACCAUUUCUCUCUUGCUCCUUCUUCCAUCUUCUACUCGUCGCCCCGGAAACUGUAUCCAUUUCCUUCCCCAUUCAUUACCCUUUUAACCUUCCUGCCUCUUUUUUUUUUUUUGUCUAGAAUAGGGUAGAGCGAACGAUGGUGGAAAAUUGAGAAUGGAAACUUUAAUGAUGUUUUUUUCCCUCAUG